AUUACGAGCAGGCUGAGUAACGGAGCGGGCGCGGAGCAGAGCGUAUCGCGUGUCGUCUCCUCGUUGACGAGCGGUGUUCUCGCGCGGAAUAUUCCUAGUGCUCGUCAGUCGCGUGCUGACCAGCCAGCUUACCGUGCGUACCGCUCGAAAGUCUUCUCGCUUUUCCGUCACCGAGUCAGCUGUCUCGUGUCCCAAUUUCAAAUUCAUCACAGAAACUCUUCGCGAUAAUUGAUACAACGAUUCUCGAUCUCAUCCACGUGUCGAAUCUAUACGAUAGAAAUCGAGAAUUUAGCAUUUAGAUCGUAAUCUAACGUAUAGUAUAAUCCUUGACAUUAUAACACAACGUAAAAAUUAUAUAUACGCGCUAUUAAGAAAUUAACUUACGAUUAGAAGGACGACAAUCCGUACAGGUAUAUUUGAAGUGAAGUACAUGUCUGAAUGGUCUAGUUGAUCGAUUAUGAACGGUUAACGAGGACGAGGAACGCGUGUGCGAACGAUCGAUCGAAUCGGCUCGUAGGGUGGCGUUGGAAGUUUCAGUGAUCGAUUGGAACGAUAACGCGGCGUGGAUCCGGCUAACCGGUCGAAGGGAGGAACGUACAUGAGCUCGAUCGACGUUCGUUGCUUCUUGAUGAGUCGCGUUCGACCGUCUCGGAUCUGAGGAUCCGAUCGACGUCGAAGGGCCCCGCAUUGUACCCUCGAUUGAACUUCGACAGGGUGGAGUGAAGAAACGGGCGUACAUGAUGCUGAACGACAACGCGUGGAAGCACAGGCGGGUGCCUGUCCCAAAGAGGACUAUCGAGCUGAUCGCUCUUAUCGCGAUUUCCAGCACCCUUUUCCUCUUUUUGCACACAAGAGAGCUGCAUUCGCGUCUGCGAAAAAUGGAAGUUCGCCUUCAACCUGGAGAAGACGAGAUCCUGUCGGCAAAUCAACUCUCAUCCGAAGGAGUGCAAACUGAUUCUAGUCCAAGUGGAAUCGUCCAUUACCCAAACAGACAUCGUAUCUUCGCAAUAAAGUACAAAGAAACUGAAGUGUUGGACAUUGACGCACUCAACAACACAAAAAGAGCGGACCGGAGCGUCCUGUUCUUCAAUCGUGUACCGAAAGUGGGCUCUCAAACCUUCAUGGAACUCUUGAGAAGGCUGUCCAUGAGGAAUGGCUUUUCCUUCAACAGAGAUCGUGUGCAAAGAGUCGAAACAAUUCGUCUUGCGCCUAUCGAACAGCUACAACUCGCCAGGAUGGUCAGCAGCUAUUCAGAACCAUCUGUCUAUAUAAAACACGUGUGUUUCACAAACUUCACAGAAUUCAACCUGCCACAGCCAAUUUACAUCAACAUAGUCCGGGAUCCUGUUGAGAGAGUGAUAUCCUGGUACUAUUACGUGCGAGCACCUUGGUAUUACGUCGAGAGAAAGCAAAUAUUUCCAGACCUACCACUGCCGGAUCCGAACUGGCUGAAGAAGGACUUCGAGUCCUGUGUACUUAAGGCGGACCGUGAAUGUAGAUACCUCGAGGGUGAAAUUCACGAGGGAAUCGGCGAUCAUCGCAGGCAAACGCUUUUCUUCUGCGGUCACAGCGAGAAAUGCACCCCGUUCAACACAGUGGGCGCACUGGAACGAGCGAAGAUGGCAGUGGAGAAACACUAUGCGGUCGUCGGAGUGCUCGAGGACGUAAAUACCACUCUCACGGUAUUGGAAAAUUAUAUACCCCGAUUUUUCCGAGGCGCCACUGACGUCUACUACGAUGAGGUGAACGCGUUUACGAGGAUCAAUCGAAACUUCUUCAAGCCACCAGUCAGCGAAGAAGUAAAGGACAUAGUGCGAAGCAAUUUCACCAGGGAAAUCGAAUUCUAUCAGUUCUGCAAGCAACGACUAUACAAACAGCUGAGGGCAUUGAAGUUGACCAAAACCACGCCUCUGUACGAAAGCAAUAGCUUGUAACUAUUUGCAAUGUGUUUAUUCGAUCCGUGAAAGUAUCGAGUAACUCGUCGAAUUUUCUUUUAACUACGUGAGAAUUUUCCUUCGAGGAAGUCGAUAAAGAGCGAAGUAUCGAGAACAUCAGGAACGUUUGAUAAUUUGUCGAAUUUUCUUUUGAUAAUGGAGAAUAGAAUCGACGAAUUCUUACGGAUGUCGAAAGUAUGUAAUUCGUCGGAAAGAAUGUUCGUUGGAGAAUGUUGAAAAUGACAAAUAAUUCGUGAAAAAGAUUGAGAGCGUUAAGAAUGAUAAACGAUUCGUCGAGAUGGUUUAGGAAGUUAAAAAUGAUAAAUAACUUGUCGAGAAAGAUUGAGAACGAACUGAAAACGAGAAAUAAUUUGGUCGAAUUAUCGUUUGAUAGACAUCGAUGCAGGAAGAAUCUCGAAGAUGUUCGAGUUGGCCUCGAAAUUUUGGUGAUGUUGGCGACAAACGUAUGUCGAGUAAUAGGCGAUAACGAUUAGACGCAGAUGUAGAUGUUUGUCAGGGAAGCCACUUGCGCGUGGAAGCGACGUUAAAAGAGAAAUCGAAGGAAAAAGAGAAAUUAGAAUCAUUGCCUUUAGGAGAGGAUCGUGGCAAAUUCUCUUGAUUUAAUAUCUUUAAAUAUAUUAAUAAAUCGAUCAGCGUGAUGGAUCGUAACGAACGAUUGUUCCAGUAAGCAAUAUCUUAUGUGAUUCACGGCAGUGAGUUCUUUCAAUUCAGGACGCUUCGAUCGAGUGCCUAGUUUUUUAUUUUGUGAUCGUUUUCCCUGUAUAAUCGCGUAGCUUAAGAUAAACGGUGAUAUAAUCGCUGAACUUAAUUAUACGAACGAGAGAGCAAGUACUUACGAGACGAGGCAUUAAGAAAUAUUUAUUUAAAUAUUUAAAUAUUUAAAUAAUUGAUGGGAUGUUAUCGGUUAUUGCGUAAAGAAAAAGAUGCAACGAGUGUUUCUGAACGCGCGACAUCAUGGCGCUAUUUAGAUCGCUUCUUUCGUUGAUAAUCCAUGGAAGAAUGUUGUAAAGACUGAUGAGGAAGACAAGAAGAAGAAGAGAGAGAGAGAGAUUGCUUUUUAUCGAAGGAUACUUAAUUAUUUGCAACGACAGAAGCACACAGGGUAACCAUUAGAGUAUUGCUUUCCAGACGACAUAGCCGUUUUUUAAUGUCGACUUAAGCCGUUUUUUAAUGUCCACUGUUUUCCUUCCUUUUUUUCGUAAUAAACAGCUGCCAUUUUCGAACAA